GCGUCCUCGAUACUGGUGAAUGAGAGAGUCGGGCGAGGAGCUGGCAAAGAGGACGGCGCGGGUGGUUUUCGGCGCCGACCAGUGCUCCAGCACUGCAGGGGCGUCUUUGUGGUCGGCGAGUCUGGUGUGUGCAGCGAGGCGCGGGUGCCGCCUUGGGCGCCGGGUGCGGCUCACUCGGGCUGCAGGGCUCGGAGAAAGUGCAGGCGCGGCGCGCGACGCGCGGGCGCCGCGCCGCGCCGCCCCGGCGGAGUUCCGGGGUAAGAAGGGACAAGAGAGACAGCGAGGGAGGAGGAGGAGGAGGAGGUGGUGGCACGCGACGAAGAGGGGCCACGCGCCGCCCCACUCACUGCUGCUGGCACUGGACCGGCUGCCCGCCAGGCCCGCGAGGGCGCCCCUCGUCCUCGUCGUCGUUGUCGUAGGCCUCGGAUCCGCCAUGGCCUGUCAUGUUGAUCUUGUUCUCAUUGAAUGACGCGAUGGGGUCAAUGUCGACCACGGUGUGAAUCUCUACGUCCUUGUCGUCCUCCUCGGAAACGGGCGGGUUUGUUGAGCGGCGCUGGCAGCAACGAGCGGAUCGACCCUUGCGUGUCCGCCGAGAGCGACUCUGGGAACUCUAUCGUGAGGAUGAGGAAAAGGUUCCCCUGGCUGCCGGUAACGAAGGGGUUCUUGAACGUGGGCAUGCCCUCGCCCUUGACGGCCU